AUGGUUUUCCCUAGAUCUCUGUUGGGUUGUACCAAAGUACGAAGUUUUGUUAAUAUACAAUCAUUCUUUCAUCCGACCACGAAACGAUCUAUUACUACCCUCGAAAUUUCGAAGUUAAAAAAUCCAUCUUUAUUUUGUCAAAAUGCAUUUGUAAAUGGAGAAUGGGUUAAAUCGAAAACCAAACAGGAGUUUUCGGUAUUAGACCCGGCGACUAAUCAGGAGAUUGGAAAAGUUCCUGAAAUGAAUGCCGAAGAUAUUAAAAUAGCUAUAAAAGCUGCCAAAGAAGCAUUUGAAGAUUGGGCAUCCCUAACCGCGAAGAAUCGUCACAAUUUUCUUAAAACUUUGAAUUCAUUUAUCUUGGAGAAUAAAUACGAUCUUGCUACAAUUCUUACUCAAGAGAAUGGGAAACCAAUUAAUGAAGCGUUAGAAGAAAUUAAAUAUGGAGCAGGUUUUAUCGAGUGGUUUGCUGAGGAAGCAAGACGUACCUACGGAGACGUUAUACCAUCACCUAUGAAAAGUAACAGAAUCUUGGUACAGAAACAACCGAUUGGUGUAGUCGGGAUUAUAACUCCUUGGAAUUUUCCAAAUGCAAUGAUUACGCGUAAAAUUGGUGCCGCAUUAGCAGCUGGAUGUACAGUCGUAAUAAAACCUGCAGCUGCAACACCAUUUUCAGCUUUAGCGAUUGCGGAGCUUGCUUCAAAGGCAGGAUUUCCAAAGGGUGUGAUCAAUGUUGUUACAUCAGAACAAAAUGUUAAAGAAGUAGGAUUGGAAUUAACGACUAAUCCGGAUGUGAAGAAAAUAUCGUUUACCGGAUCGACACCAGUUGGUAAGAUGUUGAUGCAACAAAGUUCAAGUACAUUAAAGAAAAUAUCACUGGAACUAGGUGGAAAUGCUCCCUUUAUUGUUUUUGACGAUGCGGAAGUAGAGGCAGCCUCAAAGUUUCGUAGUUCCGGACAAACGUGUGUCUGUGCGAAUCGUAUAUAUGUACAAUCUUCAAUUUAUGCCGAAUUCGCAACUCGUCUAUCUGAAAAAGUAAGUAAAUUUAAAAUAGGCAAUGGAUUUGAUCAACAAACCACUCAUGGUCCGUUGAUAGACGAAAAAGCUAUUAAAAAAGUUACAAGGCAUGUAGAAGAUGCAGUAGCAAAAGGAGCAGAAAUACUUGUAGGUGGGGUUCAACGCAAUGGAAAUUUCUUUGAGCCUACAGUUCUUACAGGGAUGACUUCUGAAAUGGGUAUUACAAGAGAGGAAACAUUUGGGCCCGUAGCUGCAUUAUAUAAAUUCGAGUCAGAAGAUGAAGUUAUUAAAUUAGCAAAUGAUAGUAAUGUAGGUUUGGCAGGUUAUUUAUAUAGUAGAGAUGUAGGUAGAUGUUGGAAAGUUGCAGAAGCAUUAGAGUUAGGAAUUGUUGGUGUUAAUACAGGAGUUAUUAGCUGCGCUGAAGCCCCAUUUGGUGGAGUCAAAGAAUCAGGCAUAGGACGUGAAGGCACGAAAUAUUUAAUAAUUUAUUAUUUUAAUGUUCGUCAUUGA